UGACCAAUCACUACCACAUCUACCUGUCAAUUUCGCCUGCCGUUGAGGACUUGACCGCUGUACUCUCUGGGCGCACAACCGACGCCGACAUCGACAACCGGCCUGUUUCUACUGCUGCGCCUGUUGCUGCUCCGUCCGAGGUUCGAUAUCGGCCAGGAACGCUAAUUAUUCUAUUGGCGGAAAUAGCGGGCAUCGGGGCACUCUUCUCUCGCCGCCGCCGCGUGAAGUCAGCAGCUCUUGUCACGCGAUCUCGCCUUCCCACUCGCGUUCCUCCACAGCAGUGCUCCAAGUCUACUGCCGGGAGAACGACUACCGCGGGACGUGUCGGUGACCGUGCGUCUGAGCCUUUCUGUUCCUGCUGCAACAGCAGGUCGUUCGCCGCGAAGAAGGACGCCCGCCCGCCCGCAGACAACAUCAUGGGGUCGGACGACACAGCGUCAGCUAGCCCUACAGUAACAGGGGACAGGGACUGCUCCACCAAGAAGCGGUUCUCCCAGGUGGCGGAGCAGUCCUCCUCGUCGACGUCGGUGGAAACGCUGCUGCUCUCGGGCCUGGAGGCAGGGGUGCUCAAGCUGGAGAGAGAUAGCUCCGCCUCGGCCGGCGGCAGCAGCAACGGCAACGGCGCGGGCUUGUUCGCGGCUUCGCCCUCCUGCGCGGGUGGCGGCGGCCUGUGCUACCUCGAGAUCGACGCGAGGAUGCCGGUGAGAGCGCGCCUGGCGGAGCUGCUGAGCUUCCUGGCCUGGUUCUCGCUGAUCGCCUCCUGCUGCACGCAGUACGCGAUGCUCUGGGUGAGCUUCUGGAUGCGCAUCGAGGAGCUGCGGACGCGGUCGACCUCGUUCCACAGGAGGACUGUGGCGCUGCCGCUCUGGGGGCUGUGGGUCGCGGGGCUGUUCUGCUACCGGCGCAUGAUCUACAAGCGGAUCCCUCCCGACAUGGUGGCUCUCUUCCGGAACGCCGAGGUCCUUGCCCUUGUGGUCCUGUUCAUGACUGUGACGGUAAACUUCGCCACGUACGUGCACACCCCGGCGGAGCCUCUGUUCGACAUCGGCUUCCUGGUCAUCCCGGAGCAGACUCUCGACUCCCCCUGGAGGCCGGUGAGCGACACGCUCACGGCACUCCUCCCGGGCAUCGCGCUCCUCCGCAGCCUCUUCAUGGACCGCAAGCAGCGCGUCACCCUGGUCACGUCCUGGUUCCGGCUCGUGUCGAUCGUCUACAUGCUGCGCUGCCUGACGAUCGGGUUGACGUCGCUGCCGGGGCCGGCGCCCCACUGCAGGGACAAGGCCCUGUACAACCCGCCUGUCAGCUGGCACGAGAUCGCGACGCGCAUGGGCGUCAUGGUCGGGGAUUUCAGCUCUUGCGGGGACUUGCUCUUUUCCGGGCACGCGGCGUUUACGACGCUGACGAUGCUUAUCUUCGUCAAGUCUUGGAGGGGGCACGCAACAUACCGCGUGUGGAAGGCGCUCGGGGUCGUGUAUCUGCUGACCAUGUGCACGCUGGCCAUCGCGGGGCGAAAACACUACACGGUGGACAUCACGCUGGGCAUCCUUGUCGCAAGCCUGACGUUCUUCCGAUUUGAGAACGGCUGGAGGGCGUCUUUGAAUGGGGGUGCGGGUAGCGGGAACACGGCCGCUGCGGUCAAGGCGGCCUACGACCCGCGGACAGAAAAGAAGAAUGCCCCGUGGGUUGUUUGAUUUUGGCCCCCCUACACCCCCCCCAACCCGUGCGCCCUCGAGCGCUCAUCGUCGCUCCUUUUUUUAUCCCUGAUGGGGGAACACUAAUAUUCUUUGCCUCGUUUGUGUAUUUUUGAAAAUGUGAAAGUUUGACCAUGUGUGUAUGUGUGCGUUUGAGUUUUCAUGCUCGCAUUCGUGCUCGCGCGCGCAAGUUAUUUUUUUUUUGUCGUUUGUGUCACCCACCUGUACGGGGGCGCGCGUUUUUUGCGUCUGCGCAUUACGCAUUAUCGUGUGUCUGGUGGGUCAGUGCUCGGGGUGGGGACUUGGCUUGUGAUGGCUGCGCCCCCCCCCUGCCCAACUCCUUUCUCUUGUUUCGAGAGGAUGCGAGAACCGAGCAGGGGUCAACUAGGCUCCAGUUGGCGUUUGCCUUUUCCGGUAUGGAGGGGGGGGAGGGGGGGGUGCUGCAGCUUUGGGCGGCGCUGCGUUAGAGAAGGGCCAAGCGAGUCGGGAAUAUUGGAGCUAAAGAGAGGACACACACACACACAGAGGCGACCGGCCAGCGUUUGGUGCCAAAUCAGCUGUCCUCUAUUGUGAGUCUAUUUAUGUGUUGAGGUGUGUCAACGUUGAUGGAACUCCUUUUGGGGAUCGGGGCGGCCGGUGUCAGAAGAGCCGUGGCGUGCUUGGGUGUGCUGUUCUUCACAAAGUUGCUUCAGCAGCGGGGUGUGCUUACGUUGUAUGAUACGAAGCGUGUUAGCUCUUACAAAUCUCUAUCGUAUACCGCGUGCCUUCAGAGGGGAGAAGAGGAGGAGGUUGGGUUGGAUACGUGCAUGGUUCUUGCUUUUUUUACCACUGGUCUUCUAGACUGAGCUACACGUGAUACAGUGGGCUUCCUAUGAUCUGCUCGAGAAUAUAAAGUAUGAACGGUUUCGUGUCAAGAGAGGCGGGUGUUUGCCUUGAUGUUUCAAGAUUAGUAGUUAGAGUCAGGCUGCUUUUGUGGCGGCAUUGGCGGGUGUCGGAGCGGGCGCACCCUUCAAUAGAAGGUUUUGGUAUCUCACUUGUGUGCGUACGCGUAUGAUGGUGGUGGUUGUGAUGGGCGGCGGCUCUGCUCCUCUCCACGAGUCGUAUCUCCGCAAGAUUGCGCCGCCGUGUUGUACAACGCUUCCGUCUCGAGUUUUUGUUUUUUCUGCCGUCUGGAAGACACGACGGAUCUGGGGAGAAAAGGGGAGGUUAGUCGACAUAUCUCCCAGUGACUUCUUAUCAUCCGAAAGAAAGGAGGGGCCGUCUUGUGGGCGGGUGAUGGGACGUUUUGCCAUGUGGCGGACGGAGCGCCCUUGUGUGGUGAGAGUGUUCGAUUGAGGCACGAUCUCCAGUGCACCUGGCUAAGGGUGAAAAUUGGUGCGUGUUAUUUUUGGGUGGUUACCGUCUGCUGCUGCCGCUGGCGUCAAAUGAAUGCUCGGCCGAAAUUCUGUUGACGUUGCUGUCUCUAGAGCGCCGGCCAUCCAGCCUUUGGAGCCGGAGGGCUGGACGCCUUACGACGGUGUCAUGCGGUAAUUGGCAGGAGGCACAUGUCCCCACUCCGCCAUGAUUCUCUCACACUCUGUUGCUUCGGCUUCCUCCUGCAGUUGUAGAAGUUGGGCGGAUCGGAUUUCUUUGUUUCGUUGGCAUGCAUGUUUCUUUUUCGUUUCGAUUUUUUUACGCACACUGCCUGCUGUGCCUGCCGUGCCUGCUCGCCGUUCUCCCCGCUGUUGUGUCGUCCGGGUGAGGUGCGAUUGACGAGGUGAAAGUAUGUGAACGACGUGCAGCUGGUCUUUGGAAAAUACUAAACUGUCGUAAGCGUAAAGGCGGUGUUGUGUCGUUCUUUUCUUUGCUUUUUUUUCGUCGGCCGCCGUGUUUACGCCGGCCGCCGCAGAGCCGAGAGGAUCAGAGGCGACCAACCCACGUGUCAGGGCGUAGAGCAGGGCUGUGUUGUUGUUUCCGAUAACAAAACGUCUAACCAUCUGUGUAGGGUCGCCAGCCAAUGCGAGAAACCCACAGCUGCUGAGGAGGUGCUCAAUAUAAGCCCUUGAUUUCUUUUUUUUCGUCACGUGGUCCUUUGUUCUUUCUAUUUGUGUAGCUUGCUGGAUCAGAUCGAGCUCGCCGGGCCGGCGAUAAGUUGUAGCCAACCGCGUGGUGGACGGAAGCGGGUUGCUCGGCUGUUGUUGCUGUUGCUGAUGGUGGUGCCGGAGGCCAACUUGUGCUUGUAAAUAUGCGCGCGCUGUCUUUCUAGCGUGCUCUGCGUGCUCUGCGUGCAUGUAGUAUGUGUGUGUGUUGGGCGACUUGGGUCAUGUCUUCCGCCCGUACGUACUCUCCUGUUGGUAUUUUAUCUAGAGUAAUGUGUAGUCGUUAGUGUAUGGAUGGCAGGCAACGGAGACAAGAGAAAUGCCUCCCUAGUUGGGUGGGGCGCACCUAACCGAGUGCCACAAACAACGGUGAAAAAUCACAAAAUGAAAAAAUAUAUUACAA